AUGUGCAACAUUGAGUACGACAAACUAAUAGAAGCGCCGCCUAAGCAUCUGGAUGUGGCCUUCUUCGAGGAAGUAGUUGAAACGGCCUUGCGCACGGCCUUCGUCAAGAUAAAAGGCAUCAGCCUUACCCUGGGCAGCAGUCCUGGCGAUAAUUAUUGCAGUCAAAUUUAUCGCACGCGUAUUAAAUAUGAAAGGAACAACAAUGGCAAUAAAAUCGAGGAGAUAGCUGUAAUCGUGAAGUCCAUACCACGUUUAGAGUCCGUGGAGUUUAUAGAGGACUUGCAAGUCUACCUGAAGGAGAGGAUUACCUACCACGAGGUACUGCCCAAGCUGGAGGUGCUGCUGCACUGCAGGCGACGCUUUGGACCAAAACUCUUUCAUUGCCUGAAGCGGCCAGAGAACUCGCUUGUGUUUGAGGAUCUCAGUCAACUAGGCUAUACAAUGGCCUCGCGCGAAUCCGGUCUAGAUGAGACACACUGCCGCCUAGUUAUGAAACAUCUGGCGGAGUUUCAUGCUGCAUCCAUGGCUCUAGCUUCUGUCAACAAAACAAUCUUUGAUGCCUAUACUGAUGGCAUGCUCUCGGCGCGGGGUCUGGCCAAAGCUGAUGGCCUUCUUAUGACCUUCUUUGCCGGCAAUGGAAACCAAUUACACUCGAUGGUCAGUAAUUGGGCCGGAUUUGAACGAAUUGCUGACAAAAUCGCAAAAUAUUUGGAGCACCAUCGCGCAAACUUGGUGCGCAGUCAGGCGCCAAUUGAUGACGAAAUAAAGGUGCUUAAUCACGGAGAUCUGUGGGUCAACAACAUGAUGUUUAAAUAUGAUCACGCGCAUAAGCCACAGGAUUUGAUAUUUAUUGACUUUCAAUUAAGCAUUUGGGGCAGUCCGGGCAUUGAUUUGAACUACUUUUUCUACACAAGCCUCAGCUUAGACGUACUGCAGCACAAGCGUCCCGAACUCUUGAAAGUCUACCACGCCCGGUUGGUGGACACCCUGUUGGGCCUGGACAUGGGCGUCCGCGUGCCCACCUACGAGCAGAUAGUGAAGGAGGUGCAGCGGCGGGAGAGUUACGGAUUCUUUGCCAACUAUGGAAUCUUCCCAACCAUUAGCCAGGACAAAGCCCAAACAGGGGAUAACAAUCUCGAUAGCUUUAACGAUGCUGAGUUCGCAAAAAAGAAAAUUGAGCAAAUGUUUCAAUCGCAGCGCCUGGUUGAUACUUUUCGUUACACGCUUCCCCAGUUUGAACGUGCUGGUGUAUUUUAAACAUUUGUUACACUCACCUCACGAUUAGAACACUUACAUACAUAUAUUAUAUAGCACUUUAUAUUGUUAUUUAACACAAAUAAAAAAAAUUAAAAAAAAGA